AUGUUUUCAAAAAAAAAGCAGCAUUAUAGCUCUUUGAAUGCAGAUUCUGAUGUGCAUGUUAAAACAAUCAAUUGCACAGAAUCUUCCAUUUCCAACUACUUACUAACUGAAAAGAGCUGCCACUAAAAUAAAUAAAAGCCAUAAAGCAUAUCUUCUCUUUCAAAGAAUGCUCCUUUAAAUUAAAUAGAUUAACUGCAAACAAGGAUGAAAACUCAGCCUUCAUCUUCACUCCACUUCUCAAAAAAUAUAAAUUAUACCAAUAGCUACUCUGUCAUGAGUAAAAUAGUCAAAUAAAGCAAGGUAAGGAAUAGCUUAAGUUCUCAAUAAAAUGCUUCGAAGCUAUCGCAACGAAGCAAAGAUUUUAAACCUAAACUCAGUGAAAGAUUUUAGACUUAAGCGCAUGCUACAAAUAUAAGUGAUGAUGAUUUCGAAGAAGGUUAAAAUGAUAGCUUUUUUUGCAGGGAAGACGAUGACUUGCAUUUGAUACCAGGAUAAACUGUAGUUAACAUGAUACCUGUCUCACCCAACAAAAAGUACAAGAUAAAUAAUGAGUUAGAAUUUUUUCCUUCAAAGAAAAAGAUAAUUCACACUUCUCUACCUCAUUAAAAGAUAAGCAUUGAUGGCUAUAAAAAUGCUAAUGAAUAAUCAGGAUAAAUAAUAGGAAAUAUUCAAAGCAACGUGCUUUCUGAUACUUUCUUAACUAUGAAUACCUGCAGAGGGGAAGAAUCCUAAGUUUUUGAUUUUAAAUGCGAGACUGUCGCAAAUUGUGAAGAAAACUAGCAAAUCAACAACUAGUAAAUAAGCAGAAAAAUAAUUAACAAAUCCUUAAGCAGCGUUAACAAUUAAAAAAGUUAGUAAUAACAAAUUCAGCAAAGUGAAUAUUUUUUAAACUCAAAUUAAUAGAAUCUUAAUAUCAAUUAAGUGCAAGCUCAUAAAGAUGAACAACAAAUGAUUCAUCAAAAUCAGUAAGAUAUGUGCAAAAAUUAUGAUAAAGCUAACAAAGUUUAAACAUAAAUUAAUAAAAACGAAUGUCUGUCUAAUUAAAAUGAAUUCUAGCCAAAGUAAAAUGAAUGUCUGUCUAAUUAAAAUGAAUGUCUUUCAAAUUAAAAUAAAUGUCUGCAAAAUUAAAAUGAAUUAUUGUAAAAUUAUAAUAAAUUUCAGUUUAAUUAAAAUGAAAAAGCAGAAUUAAAAUUAUAAUCAGAGUAAUAAAUGAAUAAUUAAGAUUAAUAUUGUCGCCCUUAGCAAAAAAUUCAAAACGAACAACUGUAGUCUAUAUUAGAUUAAUAAUAAGUAUAUUUAAAUUUGCAAAAAAUUACACAGAAAGAAGAAGAACAAGUAGAAAAUCAUCUUGAAUAAUAGCUUUAUUCAAACUCUAAAUAGGUCAUAUCUCCCAGAAAUAUAUAUGAUCAGACUAGGUAUUUCAAUUAAUAAAAUAAUAUUAGUUCUCUAAAUGAAAGACAACACACUCAUUUAAGCGAUAAAUAUAAAGAAGAUUACUUGUAUCAUUCAUAGUGGGGAUAUUAAAGUAAAAAACUCAAUGGUGUGCAUAGUACCUGUAUGACUUAGUUUUCUCCCUUGAAGACAGAAGCUGGAGUUCAUUAAAUCACUGAAGUAAGUUAAGAUAAUAGAAGAGAAUCUAGCCUGUUUAGACUUAGAUACAAUUGUAAUUCUGGCCUAAGUUAAAAUAAUAAGGAUUUAUUAAAUUACUACGACUAGGUUCUUGCGCCGUAGUUAGCCAACAGUAGCAUUAGAAGAAUUUCUACAAACAAUUAUGAGUAAAGUAGCUUAUCAUAGCAGAAUAAUCAUAACAAUCUGAGUGGAAACAAUUAAAAUUACAUUUAUAAAUAAAACCUAUAAGAGUAAAUCACUAAUGUCUUAGUUUAAAAUAACUCUAAAAUAAAUUGUAAUAACUUAAAUGUGAUUAAUAACCAAAAUAAAACAAUUUCUCAUAGUAAUUCAAAAGAGAAAUAAUCUUGUAAAAAUUAUAAUUAAGUACUUAGUUAAAAAUAAAAUAGCAAUAUUCUUUCUCACACUAAUUCAUUAAACUCAACUAAAUCGAAUAUUUAUUUAAGCAAUGCCAACAAGAACAUUAGCAUGCACUCUUCGCGAAAUAGCACAAACAAAAACUCUGUUUACUAAUAAGAAAAUCUAAUAAUUUAAAACAAAAAACACUAAAGUCUAUCUCAAGCGAGCAACACAAGCUACUAAAAUGGAAAAUAUUCUAAAAAGAAUUUGAAUUAAAAAAAUUAAUCAACCAAAAAUAGUAUAUAAAUAACUUCUAAAGAUUAAGGAGCUGGAUUAAAUGUAAAAAAUAGUAACAAGGUAGACUUAAUCAAAGCAUAAAAAAGUAUAUCUGAUGUAAAAAAUGACUAUAGCAAGUAGCUUAAUAAUCAUGAAUCUUUUAACAAUUAUUAAACCCAUCACUAAACAAUAUAAUAAUCAUAUUAACCAGAACAAAAUGCAUUUAAUUGUCUAUCCAAUUAAUUCAAACAUGAUAUUGAUACUGUCUUACACUACAAUUAUUCCUUUAAUAAAACCAACAAUACAAUUCCAAAAAAUAGUAAAAAUGCUUUAUAUUAAACUACUCAAAAUGAAAUAAACAUUAAUAAUGAUAAAAAAUAUUUUCUUUCUCACGCAAACGAUACAACAGCAGGUAAAGACUAAAGGCUUUCAAUAAAUUUGCCAAAAUAAUUUGAAAAAGAAAAUAAAUAAACUGAAAUACUCCUGCAAAAAAAAGAAGAUAUUUCUAAAUUAGAAAGAAUUCCAACUUAGCAAUCCGUACCAAACACAAUUAGCGAAACUCAAACAAAGACAAUUAAUGAAUUUUAAACUAACACAAUAUAAUUUUAAUCCAACAAAAUUCAAGAUUCAAAAUAAAGCUUAAAAGAAAACUAAAAUAAUAUAAAAGCAUCUUAAAAUGGCUUUAUGAAAGAUGUUUAAAGUAGCUAAACAGCAGAUGCGUAGAAUACCAAUUAAUAGCAAAUAAAGAACAUAAAUGUUGCUCAAGCGAUUUAAUAAUCUGAAGCAAAUAACAAUAGUAAGGUCAAAGAAAAUAUUAAUUAUAUGAACGCCAUCUAAAAUGGUAGCGGAUAAAAAUCAUUGAUGGACACAAUAAAAACAAACAUUAUUAAUUUAGUUGUAAAGACUUUUAGAGGAGGAGAUAAAAGAGAUUAAUGCAACUGUGAUGAAGGAUUAGAAGAUUACUAAACAUGCAGUAGAGCUUAAAAAUGGCUUUAAUGGAAUUACCCUGAAAAUUUAGAUAGCCUUAAAACCCUCUAUAAUUAAAUAAAAGAAACCAGAAGCAGUGUAGUUGAUCCUUCAGUUUUACAGUAAAUUAGGAGAGAUAUUACAAGAACUUAUCCUCAUUUAAAGUUUUUCUAGCCUUUGAAUGAUUCCUAGAGUAGUUAAGGUCAGAGUCUUCCUUCUAAAAUAGAGAACAAUUAAAAUAAAAUUAGCUCUGGAUUAGAGUAACUAGAGAGUAUUCUUUAUUCAUUUGCUGCAUAUGAUCCUUAAAUUGGCUAUGUUCAAGGAAUAAAUUUUAUAGCCGCACAUUUUUUGUAUCAUUCAGAAGAAUAUAUUGCCUUUUGGCUUCUUGUUAAUACAUUUGAGAGAUUCGAAUUGAGAGACAUCUAUCUUCCAAAUUUGCCUGGGUUGAAGAAACACUCCUACAUUCUAGAGAAAAUUCUUGAAAAGAUUGAUCCUGAAUUAUAUUCCCAUUUAAGUGAAAGUGGAAUAAAGCCUGAUAUGUAUAUAACUCCUUGGCUAUUUUCUUAAUUUGGCAUGAUGAUACCUCUUAAAUACUUGGAUAUAUUCUAUGAGAACAUGAUCCAAGAAGGUUGGAGUUUCUUCUAUAAGUUCGUGAUAAGCUAUAUGAUAGAAUAAAAAUAAUUGAUACUGGAACAAGAUCCGAUGGGUUCAAUUGAAAUUUUAACAUAAAAGAACAACUAAAUUGCAAACGAACAAUAUUCUGAAGAAAAAGAAUGGAGUGAUUUAAUAUAAGAUGCUAAAAAAAUACCUAUCAACAGUAAAGAUAUUGAAAGUAUGCUAAAUACAAUUAACUUUCAAGACUGA